AUGUCGACUGGACCUCGCAGCAGAUCGUACGAGGCGAUCUACCCUUUCGUUGUCGCUGGCCAGAGACUGGCCUAUCACGCAAACCCCAACGUGCAGCCGGUCAGCUACGCGCUCAAUAAUUGCAAGGGGAGAUCGGGACCUCUUGCGCUCGUCGUAACAGCGGAGUGGAUGAGGACGACUUUUGUCUACGGGGACACGGGACUCUCUGCGCAAAAGGCACGCUGGCGGUGGUGUUACAACGCCAUGACGAAUGUUCGCAUUAUGGACAUCGCCACUGGUUCCCACUACUCCAAGAAAAUCCGCCAGACGCAGUGGGGAAAAUGGUCUCCAGAUUUCACUCGUGCUGUUCUCGAGUCACUCCGCACUGGCGUCUUGUCAUCAGAGAUGCGAGAGGUCAUUGACACGAAAGAGCGCUCUCGUUACUUCAAAAUCCCACUGAGAAGUAUGACGGAACUUGGUCGAACGAUCCAGCCGCGUCUCCAUGACAUCGCGGAUCACUAUGGGAUAAGCGCUGACGAGUUCGACGAAUGCUUCACCAUCAUGAGUCCUCACAGCCCAGGCCUUCGCGUCUUCUUUCCUUUCCAUGUCACGGCCCGCAAAGAUGCAGUGGCUCUCGGGUGGGACUGGCAGUAUACGCUGUCGGCUGCUCGGUCGAUGCUGCAGCGGAUGCGGAGCGCUUGCAAUCGCCUUGCAGAAGCAGCUGGACUCGGCGAAAAGGGCAUGGACAAGGAACGGGUCCUAUACUGGAUAUGCCACGUAUUGUGUCGACAAGCGGCAUUCGGUCUCCCAAGACUGCCGUGGGAUUGCUCGCCUUGCAAGAUUUCCCUGUGUCAUGACCAAGAGCACGGGAUUGCGAUGCUCUUUGGACUGGAUGAGUCCCGCGGCACUUUUGACCAUGUCCAGAGCUUCGAUCUGGCAAAGGCAACGGUCUGUCUGGACACCAAGGCCGCGAACAUGGCCAUGUGGGACUUUCAUCCGUCCGAAUGGUUCACAGUGCUCCGUCCCAUGCUUCUCCAGGUCCCGCUGUACCACCCUUUUUGGCGACCUGACGAGUCUUUGGGCGACGCCAGCUGGCUGGAACCGGUCUCGACAGAGCCUGAAUUCGUGGUUCCCCCGUUCCCACAAUUCGAGGUUCCGCUGGUGUCGCUGGACGGAUUCCUGGAUGGCCGCACCAACGCCAUCACCAAUUUCCCCUGUGGUGAGUGCGAAGAAACAUUCGCUACUCCGGGAGAUGUCAUGGCGCAUGGGAGA